AUGAUAUCGUUAAAGAAGUUAUCGAAAUCGCUGGUUCUAGCGGCCAGGGUUUUAACGCCGCUAGUUCUGUUGUUGCUGUUUUGGUUCUCAAAUGUGCUGAAACUGAACGAGUUGAGUGUGUCGAGAUUUAUUUAUAACGGGAUUUGCAACAAUGAGAGCAUGGAUGGACUGGGCCGGAUAGUUUGUCCGUCAGUUCCCCUAGAAGACGAACUAUUAGUUUUAAAGGGGAAAGAUGCCAGGGAAGUAGGCGAAAUGAGCCUACCUGUAGUAAUUUCAACUACAAAACAGACUGAUAAUGUGGUAAUAAACUCAGAUUCCUCAACCCCUUCCUCACUGUACUUAAUAUUGAAAAUGUGUAGUGAGUAUAGAGCCAGAGAGAAAAAGCACAAAAUUAGGCUUCUAGAUGAUCUCUGUCCUAUAAUUUCAGAAUCACUAGAUAAUUCAGAUUUAAUCCAACUAAGUGGUAAAAAUUCUCAAAUAAAUCAGUAUGGUAGAGAAAUAGUUUUAUGGUCAAGUGUGUCGUCACUUUUAAGGAGUCUCCCUUAUUCUGGGAAACUUAAGCACGUUAAGCUUCUUUCAAACUCUUUAAACAAGAAUGAAAUUAUGUAUAAAGUUCUAAACUCAGUCUCAUCUUAUCAAGAUCAUAUCACGACUACCAACAAUAUUAACACCAAUAGUUUCAACACUUGUAAUAGUAUUAAAGAUGAAGAUACAAAGUCGAAAAAUAAACCGGGUUGUGGCAGAAGGAAUAUGAGUAGUGGUUUGAAUCUGUUGGUGACGAGUGGAAUUUUAUCAUCGAGUGAUGAUCCUUUUAGGUUAUUGGUUGAAACAGCAUUUCCAACUUUAAUUGCUGAGAGUUUUGGUACAAUUCAGGAAUCAAUUCACAGGUUAUUUUUAUCAUUUCCUGAGGCUUCUGCCUCGCUUUUACACAUGAGAAAGAUCGGUUUCGAAGGUAUAAACUUCUCCUCGCUCGAGCCUGAGAUUGACAGAUUCACAUUCCUUAGCGUUUUUCUUAGCGCUUUACAACUUCUUUUAACAUAUUCCUUUGAUAAUUUUAAGCUCUACGAUGGGAUCGUCGAGUCUUCCUACUCCGAUAUGACAAAUCACUGGGACAAACCAAACAACCAAAUGAAUAAUUCCAAAGAUGAGAAGUUCCAUAAUUCUAAGGGUAAAAAGAUGAACAAAAGUUUGUUAAAUGAGUUUGAUGAUUUGGAUUCAAGGAUUUUUGUUGACUUUAUCACCCACAGGUUGGGGUCUUUUUUCAUAAAUUUGGAGGUCAAAAAGAGGCUUUUUACUAUAGGAAAUUUGGGCACAAAAUUCACGGCUAAAUUUUUACACAAUUUAAUCCUAACAAAUCUUACCCAGCCAAAUUUAGUCAAAGGUAGUGGGACUGAGUUGAUGAAGUGUAAGUUGCGGGAAUCGCUUACUGCUUUGGGGAAGUUUAUCUCCUUCGACUUUAACAACGAUGGCGAGGUUUCUUUUGAGGAGUUUACGAAGGGUUCCAUUGACAUGAACGAUUUCGUUAAUGACGUCAUUAGUGCUGUUGAUACCUAUGGUAAAUCCGGGCUAGAAAAGGACCCUGAACUACAAUUUGUUCACCUCCUCAAUUCUCAAAAUACUCUUUACGAUAAGAUCAUUGACGAGUUUAUCAUCUCAGAUACUGAUAAAAACGACUCUCUAAGUCUUGACGAGUUCCUUGAACUCAACCUCUCAACCUCUAUCAUCAGCAAUAUCCAGGCAUGA